ACCGAGCAGACAAAAUUCUAACAAAAAUAGUCAAAUUUGUUAGACUUUAAUAUUUUAAAAAUACUUAUGGAACUGAUUGGAUUGGUUUACAGAUUCGAUUGGGGGAAAAUAGGUAAUGACUCCUUAGUGGCACAACUGGCAGCACUUAACAACCCGGGAUUUAAGCUCCAAGAUAAUUUGCCUUAUGCCCAACUAUGUGUAGGCUCCUACCCAGGCGAUGUUGCGAUCUACAAAGAAAAUGGCGAAGCAUUAUCAACGGAGUUGCCAUUUAUGCUUAAAGUGUUGAGUAUGAACAAGGCGAUUAGUUUACACGUUCAUCCGAACAAAAUUGACGCGGAAUAUUUGCAUUUAAGAGAGCCAAAAUUCUAUAAGGAUUCCUGUCAUAAACCUGAAAUGGCAAUUGCUCUAACACCCUUUGUAGCUGUGUGUGGUUUCCGGCCACUAUCCGAAAUCAAGAAUAUGUUAAUGGAUAUAUAUCCACUAAAAAAAUUUGUUAUGGCCGAUUCUGAUGACAUCGACCUUUUGGCUGCGGGCGAUGAACAGGGUUUGCGAAAUUGCUAUCAAAGAAUAUUUGAUAGAGACUUAGAAACUGUAACUCAAUGCGUGGAAGAAAUAUCCAAAGAAUUUGGCAAAGAAAUGUGCAAAUUCGAUGUGCUGGAAAUAUUCAAUGUGCUCAAAAGGGACUUUCCCAGGGAUAUUGGUGUGAUUUUAAUAUUCUUUUUGAAUGUUAUACGUCUGGAACCGGGUCAAGCGAUGUUCGCCGAUACAGGUCAAAUUCAUAGUUAUCUAUCUGGCGACUGUAUCGAGUGCAUGCCGCCUUCUGACAAUGCAAUCCGUGCCGGUUUAACAAUGAAAUAUAGAGAUACCAAACAUUUAUCCAACAUACUGAACUACAAAAGUUCCACUGCCGAGGACAUAAUAGUCAAAUCCGAACGCAUUAGUGAUCAGCAGGUGAUAUACAAGCCACCUAUUGAAGAUUUUGCAGUCACGCAAAUAACAUUGAGACCCGAAGAUGCUGUUUACGUGCUACAAAUUGAACAAUCUCCUGGUAUAAUGCUGGUUUUAAGUGGUCAACGCACUCUCGAAGUCAACGGUGUCAAACAAACGCAAUUAAAACGUGGAUCUAUUCUGUUUCUGCCCUUCGAAGCGGGCACUGAGCUGCGGUUUUUAGACGGUGGAGAGGAAAAAGAAACUUUUGUGGCUUACAUCAGCACCGCAAAUACCCCCCCAAACCUGACAACGGAUACAUAAUCGAAAUUGAAUUUUUAUGAAAAUGUUAGGCUGACUUUAAGUGUAUCGCAGUCAAUACAAGAAUUGCAAAAAAUAU